AUGUUCCAUCGCGCUGAAGCAAUUUCUAGCAAAUCCUUAAUCAAUCAAUCUGCAAAAUCAAAGAAUUCUUCGGUUUCUAAUCUCGCGACUUCUAAUUUAUCUUGUCCUAAAUGUAAGGAAAAUCAUCCGCUUUACUAUUAUGAAACGUUUCUCAAAUUACCAGUAGAAAGCAGAAUCGCCUUUGCAAAGAAGGUUCAUUUAUGUCUAAACUGUUUGAGAUCUAAUUCUCACCAAGCUAAAAAUUGCACUUCAAGUUCUUGUCGCAAAUGUAAAGGUCAACACAAUACACUUUUACAUUUGUCAAAGACAACAGACGCUAACGAGUCGUCUAAUGCGAAAGCAGCUGUGACUUCCGAUACAGAAACUUCUGCGAAGCCAGUUGCAACACAAUGUUUAUCUACUUAUCAAUCUCUAGGAAUUAUAUUAUCAACAGCUAUUAUUCAUGUAUUUGACUGUAAUAAUCACAUCCAUUCGUGUCGCGUAUUGUUAGAUAGCGGAUCACAAAUGAAUUUCAUUAAGCAGAGUCUUGCCGACAAAUUGUGCCUCAAUAAAAGGCAAAUAGAGAUAUCUAUUUCAGAUGUAACUAAUGCUAACAUUCGAGCCAAUCAAGCGACAGUCGUUCAUAUAAAGUCGCGGUUCAACAAUUUUAGCGAGAGGAUAGAAUGCUUUGUUUUGCCAAAAAUUACUCAACAAUUGCCUCAAAAAUUCAUUUCCAAGCAGAAUAUAACUAUACCAAAUAAUUUAAAGUUGGCCGAUCCUGAUGUUAAUGUUCCCGCUGACAUUGAUAUGCUAAUCGGCGCUGAGAUAUUUUGGAGGCUCAUUUGCCCAGGUCAAAUUAAACCCUCUAGAAAUCAACCAACACUGCAGAAAACUCUCUUGGGAUGGAUUUUAUCUGGUCCGACAUCAAGUAUUCCUACUAACUCCAGUUCUUCAAUCAUCAGUUGUUUAGCUGUAACAGAAGACUUAAAUCAUGCUCUCAGUCGUUUCUGGGAAUUGGAUCAUUCGAUAUCCGCUUCAACUCUUUCUCCAGAGCACCAAUCUUGCGAGAAUCUAUUCAAGGACACUGUCAAACGCAACAGCGAUGGACGCUUCGUGGUCCAGCUACCGAUCAUACCUAACAAGCUAUCUGAACUCGGUGAAUCAAAGGAAAUAGCCACUCGCCGCUUCAAAUGUUUAGAGAAACGCUUUGUUACCUCUCCUAAAUUACAUGCAGAAUACAAAGGAUUUAUACAAGAAUACAUACAACUUGGUCAUAUGCGUGAGGUGACUCACAUUACAGAUAAUGACAGCCAAACGUAUUACCUAUCGCAUCAUGCCGUAUACAAAGAAACGAGUACCUCUACCAAACUAAGAGUGGUUUUUGAUGGUUCUUGCAAAACAACCACUGGAAUCUCGUUAAAUGAUGCAUUAUUGGUAGGCCCCACAAUACAAGAUGAUCUGCUUUCAAUAUUAAUAAGAUUUCGUAUGUUCAGAUAUGUCAUGACUGCAGAUGUGGCAAAGAUGUACAGACAAGUUUUAAUCGAUCCGAAUCAAACCUCUCUGCAACGCAUUCUUUGGCGUGACUCUUCGGAUCAACACAUUCAAACAUUCGAGCUUCUGACCGUCACGUACGGUACAGCAUCUGCUGCUUUCCUAGCCAUUAGAUCGCUUAGGAAAUUAGCUGAGGAUAACUCUGAGAAGUAUCCCGUUGGAUCCAGGACAGUUUUAAACGACUUUUAUGUUGAUGACUUGGUCACCGGCGCUGACGAUUUACAAGAUGCUUCCUCCAUCAAGAUUCAGACAAGGCAAUUGCUUCUUGAAGGUGGUUUCGAGCUGCGCAAAUGGUUCUCUAAUGUACCUGAUCUUCAAGACGAUCAACUUUCCAAUCCUGAAAAGGAAUUCGUACUAUCAUCCGACAAGGAAUGCGAAACAAGGACACUGGUCUUGUGUGGAACUGUACCCAUGAUCACUACCAAUUUUCUAGUAUCUCCUGUCUACCACCUUUGGCUACGCCUACCAAAAGGCAAGUAUUAUCAAGAGUCGCUUUGGUUUUUGAUCCCCUCGGACUUUUUGAACUUGCGACUGUCAUUGCUAAAAUCAUUAUUCAACAACACUGGCUUCUCAAGAUUGGCUGGGAUGAAGUCCUUCCCUUAG